AUGACUACUACUGCUAUUAGUAAUAAAAAAUCACCAUAUUCUACUGCAGUAUCGACUACAUUUUCUUCAACUGUCAAUGGGAAUUUAGAUCCUGCAUACUCUUCACCGAAUCAUACAAAUAAUCUUUCUGCAUCAUCGACGCAUUCCUCAUUAUCUAUGCCAACAUCUGCGUCAACUCGAGUGCAUUUCUCUGGUUCAGUGAAACCUGAUGAAUCGGAUAAAUCUGCCUCAAAAGGCUUUCCAAAAACACGUCAUCCACGUUCUGGUAAAAAGGCUACAGACGGUCAUGUUAUUGGCAGUAAAGGCGAUUUAAGCCAGCAUGGGAAUGCUAAUCUUUCUUCAGAAUCAUUAGCUGAAGAUUUCAACGAUGAUAUUGUACAAGUAUCCUCACAAGCAGAACCUUCAAUUCAAGAGAGGAAAUCACCUAAGUCAAAUGAUCUUAAUUCAGAUCAUUUUGUUCAUUCAAAUAAUCUUAAUCUAAUCAGAUCAAAUGAUGUGAAUACUGUGAUAACUGUUUAUGAUAAUGUCACAUCUUCUACUGGACCUACAGCUAAACCUCGAAGUAAAACUAGAAAUUCAACAGAAGCAUUCGCUGUUACUCCUCCUCCAAUAUCUGUCAAUACUCCAGACGAUCAUUUAGCUUUAAAAUCCCCAACUGGUAUUAAUAGACCAAAACCUCCUAAUGAUCCAGUUAUUAAAAUUGCUACCGAAGAAGAUACUUCAGAAUGCCCAUCACAUCGUGCUUCACCGGGGAAAAAGUAUCAAGAUACUUUGGAUGUUCAAGGAAAUGAUGAUGAUGCCUACAGUAGUGGAGGUGAAGAAAUUUAUGUUAUUUCUCGACGAGUUGGUUUCACAGAUGAUGUUGAAGACAAUGAAGAGAAAUCAAAUCAGAAAUUAAUUCGUCGUGAUACACCACAUUAUACAAAACGAGCUAGAAUCCAGUCAAAAACUGCUGAUGGAGGUAAUUGUGAUAUAAAUAUAAUAUUUCUCAAUUAA